AUGGUGUCCUUACUGCAGCGCAUGCGCAAGCUGCAAACUGUACGUCUCCUCCUCGCCAUCCGCCUCGGUCCUGGUGCAGCAGUCCUUCCCAAGGAAAUCUCCCGUAUCCACAUGCGCUUCGCUCCCAAAAUCGACGGCGGUCACAUGGGCCCAAGAAAGUUCUGGCGCCACGAACUCGUCCGUCUGAAAUUCCACAACCCGGCCAUCCCCAUGACUCUCGAUCGCACCGCCGCACAAACAGAUCCCGCUCUGAUGACCGUCUUNUUCGCCGAUCCGGAAGCCUCGCCGACCAGCGGUGCUGCUCCCACUACCAGCACCAGUGGUGACAAGGAACCCAGCAACUAUUCGCCCAGCUCGAGGACAGAGACGAUCGACAUGACAAACCGCACCCAAGAGAACAUCCUGGCAGACUUGAUCAAGAUCACGAGCGCGAAACAGAUCGAGGCCACACAGGAAGAGUUGGAGACAUUGCGUUCGCUCGAGGAGCAACGGCUUCGUAGCGAGAGAGACAGCAAGCUCAGUUUGGAAGUCAGAGAAAAGAAGAAGAGAGAGGAGGCUCUGUUGGCCCAGGCAAGAGGUGAUGUCGCCUCGGCUGUUUAG